AUUACACGUCUGUUUAUAAACCGGUAUAGAAUAAACGCGUGCGCCCCUUUUCUUCUUUGCCCAGGAUAAAAAGUGAAUCAGGCUUGAGUUGCAAAACCCUAAACCCCAAAAGCCGACGACAUCUGAACGUCUCCGAUGGCCACUGUACCGGUUAAUCCCAAACCAUUCUUGAACAAUUUAACUGGAAAGCAUGUCAUUGUCAAACUGAAGUGGGGAAUGGAAUACAAAGGGUUUCUCGUCUCUGUGGAUUCAUACAUGAACUUGCAGCUUGCAAACUCUGAAGAGUACAUUGAUGGGCAGUUCACAGGAAACCUCGGAGAGAUACUGAUCAGGUGCAAUAAUGUUCUAUAUAUGCGAGGGGUGCCAGAGGAUGAGGACCUAGAGGAUGCAGACCGCGACUAAAAGUCAACUUUCAUGUAUUUCUGCGACAAAUCAACCUGUACUUGAGUUGCUAGGGCCUAAAUGUUGUUAACAAGACUGAUACACUUAAAUUUUGUACUUACUAUUGUUAGCCAACAUCUGAUGUUUAUUGUGUCGUGUAAUAUCUUAUUUCUUAUAUUAUAAUUCUAGAUACUGGGUUGUAUUUUUCUA